AUGAGCGAAGAGGAUAAGGUUGGUAAACCUGCUGAGUACAGUAAUAAUAGUAUAGAUAGAUCCAUUUUGAAUGAUAAGUGGGAUUUGGUAUUGUCAAAUAUGCUAGUGAAAGUGGGUCUUGGGUUUGGAGUAGGAGUGGUAACAUCGGUAAUAUUCUUUAAGAGACGCGCAUUCCCUGUUUGGUUGGGAAUAGGAUAUGGGUUUGGUAGGGCAUACUCAGAAGGGGAUGCUAUAUUCCGUUCAAAUGCAGGUUUGAGGUCUGUGCAAAUUUAG